AUGUCGUCGGGCGCCCUGUCCCCGCCUCCGGGGGCGCCGCCGACGCCGAAGCCCAUGCUGUCGCCGCCGCCGCCGCCCGCGGCGUCGCCCGGCGGCACGUCCCUGGCGAAGACGCUCACGCCGGCGGCCAACCGCCUGCGCGGCCUGAACCUCGGCGGCGACGCGGCGAAGCGGCCGAUCAGCGUCGUCAUCUUCGGCGCGACGGGCGACCUCGCGAAGAAGAAGCUCUACCCGGCGCUCUACCAGCUCAUGCUUUUGGGGCAGCUGCCGCGGAAGGACAUCAACGUCGUCGGCUUCGGCCGCCGCGACGUCGACCUCGGCCCCUUCGUGGCGAAGCAGUGCGCGAACGUGAAGCGCGACCCGCGGCUGCCGUUCGCCGACUUCGAGGCGCGCCUGAGCUUCGUCGGCGGCGGCGGCUACGACAAGGCCGCGGGCUUCGAGAAGCUCGCGGCGCACCUCGAGGCCAUCGAGGGCGAGGCGCCCUGCGACCGCCUCUUCUUCCUCAGCGUGCCGCCGACGGUCUUCGGCGCCGUCGCGCAGCUCGUGUCCGCGCACUGCCGCGCGCCCUGCGGCUACACGCGGCUCAUCAUCGAGAAGCCCUUCGGCCGCGACGCGGCGUCCUUCGCGGAGCUGGACGCGCAGACGAGCGGCUGCUUCGACGAGAGCGAGCUCUUCCGCAUCGACCACUACCUGGGCAAGGAGGUCGUGCUGAAUCUGUUCAGCCUGCGCUUCGCGAACCAGCUCUUCGAGCCCACGUGGAACGCGGAAAGCGUCGAGUCCGUGGAGAUCACGUUCAAGGAGGACAUCGGCACCAUGGGCCGCGGCGGCUACUUCGACGGCUUCGGCAUCAUCCGCGACAUCAUGCAGAACCACCUGCUCCAGGUCUUCGUGCUCUGCGCGAUGGAGCCGCCGGCGUCCAAGGCGCCCGCGGACGUCCAGGCCGCCAAGGUCGCGCUGCUCGAGAAGGUCGCCGUGCUCGACGUCAGGGACGCGUUCCUCGGCCAGUUCACGGAGGACGCGUUCUUCGAGGAGGCGGGCUACCUCGAUGACCCGGGCGUGCCCGACGACUCGGUGACGCCGACGUUCGCGGCCGUCGUGCUCCGCGUCGACAACGACCGCUGGCGCGGCGUGCCCUUCCUCAUGAAGGCGGGCAAGGGCCUCGACGAGCGCCUCGCGGAGGUGCGCGUGCGCUACAAGGCCCAGCCCUACAACGCGCUCCUCGUCGACAGCAAGUCCGCGCGGAACGAGCUCGUCUGCCGCAUCCAGCCCGACGAGGCGCUCUACCUGAAGACGCACACGAAGAAGCCGGGCCUCACGCACGAGUGCGUGCCGACGUGCAUGGACAUGCGCUACUCGAGCGAGUUCGAGCGCGCGUACCUCGCCGACGCGUACGAGCGCAUGUUCCUCAACGCGGCGAAGGGCGACUCGUCGCUCUUCGUGUCCGCGCCGGAGCUGGUCGAGGCCUGGCGCAUCUUCACGCCGCUGCUGCACGCCAUCGACGGCCGGCGGCCGCGGCCCGUGCUCUACCCCUUUGGGGCGCGGAACCCGGCGGGGUUUCGGGCGUGGUCGCUGGAAAAGGCGGGCGUGAAGCAGCGGCCGUCGUUCAUGGAGCACCUGGCGACGCUCGCGGGCGACGUCGGCUCGCUCCGCGCGUGCUUCGACCGCCACGACGCGGACAAGGACGGCGUGCUGAGCAAGGCCGAGGUCCGCGACCUCGCGCGCGACCUCUACGACGGCCGCGACUGCCCGGACAAGUCCCUCCGCAAGUUCCUCCAGGUCGCGCGCGGCUUCGAGCUCAAGGAGCGCAUCACGUUCAAGGACUUCUGCUACUUCGCCCGCUGCGCCAAGGCCGCCUUCGGCGCCAAGCCCCGCUCCUACCAGCCCCCGAUCUGCUCCGAGAAGUAAGCGUCAAAGCU